GGACAUGAUGAGAUAUCUCUGCAUUUACUUGAUUAUCAUUUCAGCAUCAACUGCACAAGAAUGCACCAAACUAGUAGCUGAUAUAAUAUUUGCCAUUGAUCAAUCGAACAGCAUCGAAUCGGAGAAAAAAUUCAAAUUGGAACUGGAUUUCGUGGUGAAGGUGAUGAAGAACUUUGAUGUUGGUCCAGACGAGACGAGAGUUGGAGCCGUCGUGUUCAGUGACGAGGCGGACCGUGUUCUAGAACUUAAAGAUGGAAUGUCCAAGGACGACGUUAUUCAGCGAAUUCAUGGCAUUAGAUGGGACCGGGGUAAUACUUUUAUAGACAAAGCUUUUGUAAAGAUGGGGGAAGGAUUCUCGACAGAAAAUGGCGGCCGCCCUAAUCAAGUUCCUCAGAUAGCGGUGCUUGUUACAGAUGGAGUGGCAACGAAUCCUUACAGAGCUCUAAAGGAGGCCAAUAAAUUGAAAAACAAUGGAGUAGAGAUCUUCACCAUUGGUGUAAAGAGCGCUAGAUUAUCACAGUUGAACGAAUUGUCCAGUGACCCUCCUUCCCAGCACGUGCUCAGUGUGGACAGCCUGGAAGUACUGUCGUCAAUCGUCAGUACACUUUCAAAUCGAGUGUGCAGCAGUAUCAAAAGGAAACAGCCAAGAUGA